AUGAAUAUCGACCUCUCCAAAUACCCCAAGCUCACACGCGAACAAGCAGGCCACAUCCGCCACUUCCACAACCUCGCCACGCAACCCGACGGCCAAUGGUACCAUAUGGGAUCUCAAGAACCCAUGCAGGAAUUCCUCGACGCCUACCGCUACCAGCUCGCGCAAAUGGCCUACGUCAUCGCCACCUGCCACUUCAACCGCCAAAAUGCCCUCCGCUCCGUCUACAAACCUCUCUUCCGCCCGCUCAUCCACAAAAUGCUCCGCAGGGAAGUAUGGGGCUACUGGUUCAACACUUCGCUCGGCGGGAUUCAGUGUGAUCCGAGCUUGACGGAACUAAAGAAGCCUUGGGCGGAUCCUAUUGUGAGGGAGAAUGUUACGUAUUCGGGGCAUUUGUUGUUGAUAUGUAGUCUUUAUGGGAUGCUGUUUGAUGAUGAUGAGUUUGAGGAAGAGGGGAGUUUGGUUGAGGCGUUUGAGUAUUGUACGGGGACGCUGCAGGAAGCGAUCUUGAGGGAGAUGGAGAGGGAGGAUUGGGUGGGGGCUUGUUGUGAGCCGAAUGCGGUUUUCGUGGUUUGUAACCAGUCUCCGUUGAUUGCGAUCCGCCUCAACGAUGUCCGCAAUGGCACGAACACCAUCGAUGACGUUUUGCUGCGCUACCAGGCGGCAUGGGACAAGAAGGGCAUGAUUGAUCCAGCCACUGGCCUCUUCAAGGACAUGUUGGUCUCGAAACAAGGCUGCACAGUCUCAACCUCCGAUCCAGCCUCCACCGCCUGGGGAGCCGCUUUCAUGAACUCCUGGAACUCGACCCUCGUCCGCUCAUGCUACGAACGCCAAGCGCUAGGCUACCUCACCACAAUCGACAACAAGACGGAACUGCACCCACCUCUCGUGGGCAACGCCUACCGUGUACUCGUCAAGGAGGGCAAAAAUACUUCCCCCGCGAACGUCCUCAACGAAGCCCCCAAGCGAGCAACGACUGAGUACGCGCAUAAAGCAAGCAAGCAAUCCCCCAAAAGACCCCUGAGCAUGCUCACCAAGCCCAUCUUCGGCUGUCUCUCGGAGCUAGGAAGACCAGAAUGCCAAGGUCCCCUCGAUUAUGCGGACGAGAACCUCAAUCCCACGUGGGAGAAAGGCGGUCUCUUUUAUCCCAGGAACGAUACUCCCUUCGAUGAAGCCUUGAAAUGGACGCAUAUGGAUCCCUUUGAAGGCAAUGUGACGAUCGGGUAUGCAAGGCUGAAUGUUGAGGAUGGGAUGAAGAAGAUUUGGGAGGAUGCUUGGACGCGGGACCAGGUGAGGGGACGGCCGUGGGUUGAUAGUAUUAACUUGCGGGAUGGGGUGGACUUUUUUGAGGGGGCUCUGGGAUCUGGAGCAGAGCGUGAUGCUUGUUACGGUGACGUGGGAUAG